CCAGACGCACCAUCUGCUCACGAUCUUCGUGCUCGCCCUAAGAAGCGCAAGCAGCAGGUGGCCUCGAGCAGCCUCGUGGACGAUCGAUUGACACUUGGUCGCAAGAGAGCUGCGAUUCCGCACAAGCAGCAGCAGCAGCAGCAGCAGCAGCUCAGAACUGCACAUCAGCUGAGCACCACAAUUAAUAUUGUGCCAGAAGCGGUCGACGCAGAAUUGCCACGCGCAGGCAGAGAGAGAGAGAGAGAGAGAGGCGUGGCCAGAUUGCGAUAGAUAGAACUCGGUGGAGAAUACUGUACAGGAAUUAGGGUGUGUCCGUUCGGGGGAUUGCAAUUUCUUCGCACGCGGGCCGGCGGAGUUGGCAGGUUGCUUCCGUUGCCGCCGAUGGCUUUGGCAUCCGGUGCAGAAUUCGUUUCGUGAGAGAGGCAGGCGAAGUUGUUUCAGAGCUGCGAUCGGCAUCCAAUCAUCGCGAUGGUGGCGGUUGGAGAUGAACCAGUUACAUCAACCGCAUCAGGCUCAACAGAACUUUCAGCUUCAUCUGUUGUUUCGAAUGAUGGCACGAGCGGUAACCUUUCCAAUUCCUCAAACACCAGAAGUGGAUCUGCAAUGGCAACAGUAGACGUGGAGUCAACUUCUCUGCCCACGAUGAACGUUCCACAGGGAGCAACGAGCUCAGGAUUCACGAGUACCCCGGAGGAUUCAGAAGAGGAUGGGAUUCUGGAUCUCACGAGCUCGCAGUUGCACAAUUUGAAGGAGGUGGACUUGCCACCCACUUUGGUAGAGCUUGACUUGACUGCCAAUCGACUAACUGAACUCGAUGAAAGGAUAGGUCAAAUGUCCAUGCUGAAGAAGUUGAGCUUGAGGCAAAACUUGUUCGAGGACUCAGCGGUGGAAGCUUUGACCAGGUGGCCGCCAGUUUUCGGUCUGGAGGAGCUGGUACUAAGAGACAACAGGCUGACAAGAAUACCGGUGGUCGAUGCAUUCACGAACCUGAUUGUGCUCGACGUGUCUUACAACAAGAUCAGUUCGAUGAUGGGAUUAUCGAAGGCCAGUCCUUUAGUGAGGGAAGUGUAUCUGUCCAGCAACGCAAUACAGAAAAUCGAAGAGUUAGAUCACUUGCAAAAUCUACAGAUUUUGGAACUUGGUUCGAACAAAGUACGAAAAAUGGAUGGCAUUGAGAAGCUGACCCAGUUGAAAGAGCUUUGGCUAGGUAGGAACCGCUUGACCACUGUAAAUAUGUGCGGACUCACAAGUUUGACUAGAAUUAGCAUUCAGAGCAACCAUCUCACUUCUAUGCGCGGAUUCGAAGCCUGUGUCUUGUUGGAAGAAUUGUACUUGAGCCAUAACGCCAUCACAGAGAUGGAAGGACUUUCUACCUUGAACAAGCUGCGAAUCUUGGAUGUCUCAUCCAACAAGCUUGACGCUAUCAAGGACAUCAAGAAUUUGAGUAGACUGGAAGACUUAUGGCUAAACGACAACAAUAUUCCUUCUCUGGACGGUAUAGAAGCAGCCUUGGAAGGUGUGAAAAACUCACUGACAGUUAUUUACUUGGAACGCAAUCCUUGUGCCAGGAACAACCCCGACUACGUGCGAAAGCUGAGGAAAAUGCUUCCAAAACUGGUGCAGAUAGAUUCGCAGUUCUUUGAUUAGAUAUUGUGCAGUAGUCAGCCCUUGUUAGAUCUUAUCCCUGGAUCUGAGAGGUCUUAACCUCGUGUAUCAUUUGCUUUCCCCCUGUUUUCUUCAUGAAGGUUUGCUUAUCUUCUCUCUUUAGUUCGAGAUAACAAAUUUUGACCGUCUAACAGUAACACCGGACCAGAAGGGCGUGUUCUGAGGUCUAAUCGUACAGUUUUUUUCAGUACUUGUACACAACGGGAAUGAUGGAGCCCUCCAUUGCCACCUCUCGUAGCAAUUGAUAGAAUGAGUAAAGUAGAAUUUUUUUUCAGAGAAUUGUGUUCAAACCACGAGGCUGAAUUGAGAAUUCAGUUUUGUUGAGAAGAUGGAGUCUGUGUUUGGCGGCUGAAAUGUGUGAGAGAUCCAUCAAAAGUAAGUUUUGAGAGGGUAAUGGGGAGUUGGGCUUAAUAGCUACAGCUUGUUCUACACCACUGUCCCAAGAUGCCGAAUGUCGAACGAGUAUUCAGUACACUCUGUAUUCAGUUCUCUCUGAUAAGACAUGUACUUUCCUGGCCAGAUUUGAGCUUUCUUAGGUCCACCAAAAAAUCUCACACGCCCAUUGCCAUUUACUCUUUGCGUCAGUGUCCGAAAGAUACUUUCAGAAAUUUCUCUGUUUCAAGCUAGACUUCUGUU